AUGGCAUCACACCCGAAGGUUCUCGUCAUUGGCUCGCCCGAAGGGGUCGUUCCUGACACUGUUUGGGAAGAGUUCUGUACACGAUACAUUGUUCACCAAUAUGAAUUUUCAACUACGAAAGACUUUCAUGAGUCUCUGAAAGGUGGCACUUGUCACGACAUUUCGGGGAUCAUGAGAAUCGGUCUCAACGUCCCCGCCGGGAUCGAAAAAGUUGGCAACGGCUGGACCAGACGCGCACUGCAAUACUUCCCCAAAUCGCUGAAGUUGAUUGUCAACUUUGGUCAUGGAUUUGAGGAAGAAGACGUUCCAGGGCUCAAUGCUCGAGGCAUCGAAUUCUGCAACACAACAGGCGGUAGCGAAGCAACUGCUGUCGUCGCAACCUACCUCAUCAUCUCCGUCUUUCGUCAGCUCAACCGAUACGAGCGCAUGCUUCGGAACGACGAGUUUCUUCCAGCACUGAGACACUCUGCCCAGACAGCCGUAGAUCCUUACGGCAGAAAGCUGGGCAUCAUCGGCAUGGGCUCAAUCGGACAGACUGUUGCGCGCCAGGCUGCAGUAUUAGGUAUGGAGAUUCACUGCAUUGACAGGCCCAAUUUGAGGAAGCUUCUUGAGACUGUUCAACACGAAGAUGGAUACAUAAGGGGUCUCAUUCCGUCCGUGACCCUUCACAAGGAUCUACAAGAGCUGGUUGCCGUCGUUGACUGCCUCGUCUUGACAUGCUCUUACUCGGCGGCAACCCAUCACCUGCUUUCACGAGAAGUCUUUUCAGAUAUGAAGAAGGGUAUGAGAAUUGUGAAUGUGGCAAGAGGAAAGUGUAUCGAUGAGGAUGCUAUGUGUGACGCCAUCGACAGCGGGGUUAUAUCCAGCGUUGGACUUGACGUUCAUUACAACGAGUAA